UUGGCCUAUGCUGAAUAUGAAGAACUGACUUGAGAACAGCAGUCUGUGUGCCGUCUUCCCUCUCACUUUUCACGUUUUGUAAACCAGUAACCGCUUCCUCGUCUCAGCAGCGGCUCUGCCAAGGUCCAAACAUGGCCCAGAGCGUUUUAUAUCACAGGCUGUUUCACAGUAACGCCAAAGUCUUACAAAAAUGUACCGUCAGAUUCACACACACUGUUUUACGGAGAGAAACUGGGCCGAAGAACGCACUGUCACCGCGGAGAGUUCACUGCUGCCUGGUGAAUGUGAGUCAGUGGUACACCUGCAGAGCAACACAAUGGCUGAAUCAGCACCACUCAAGAACAUUUUCCUCAACACCUCCGCCACCUUUAUCAGGGGGUGAGCCGAAGAAGUUUGGGCCUGUGACAUGGAAAUCUUUAGCAAUAACCUUUGCUAUUGGAGGAGCCCUGCUGGGAGGGAUGAAAUUUUUCAAAAAAGAGAAGGAAGAGAUGCUUGAGAAAGAGAGGAACAAAUCAAUAGGGAGACCAGCGCUGGGUGGUCCAUUCUCGCUCACGGAUCACAACAACAAGUCCGCCAAGAGUGAGGACUUCCUGGGCCAGUGGGUCCUCAUCUAUUUUGGGUUUACUCACUGCCCGGACAUCUGCCCGGAUGAACUGGAGAAAAUGAUCGAAGUAGUCGAUGAAAUAGAUAAAAUAAAAUCUCUCCCUAACCUGACGCCUCUGCUCAUCACCAUCGAUCCUGAGAGAGACACACCAGAGGCCAUGGCUGCAUAUGUGAAAGAGUUUUCCCCAAAGCUGAUUGGUCUGACGGGAACAACAGCUGAGAUUGAGCAGGUUUCCAGAGCCUACAGAGUGUAUUACAGUCAGGGACCAAAGGACGAAGACAACGACUACAUUGUUGAUCACACCAUCAUCAUGUACCUUGUGGGACCAGACGGACAGUUUAUGGAGUAUUUCGGACAGAACAAAAGGAGCGUGGAGAUCACCAACUCAAUAGCGGCGCAUAUGAGAAAGUACAAGAAGUGAGCAGCAGCCUGUUAAAGCCCACGGACAGACUGUCCUCAGGUCCUUUGGUUGACUUAAAUCAUUAUUAUAGUCGUUAUUUAUUUUGGAUACGCUAUUAUAUAAAGUUAAUGUGUCUGCAGUAACAUUCCUGUAAAUGGAUGAUGUGCAGAUGGAGACAGGUCUACAGCCUGGUGCUGUCAUUGUCCUCCGUUAUCAUCUACAAUACAUUUCACUUCUGCUGCUGCAUUCACGUCAUUUGGAAAAGACUGAAAGAUCCUGAGAGAACUGAACACAUGAGCUUCAGCUUCUCAGUGUCUCAGAUUUCUGAUGUAAAUGAGAAGGAAAAACAAAACCUGAAGACACAAAUGUAGGAGACACAAUAAACAUUUAAGUUUAUGAAAAAAAGCCAAAAUACAACACACUUUUUGGCUUUGUUUUGUUUGUACUUGACAGGCAGUGCAUGGGUUAAUAUAAGGUAAAAACUAAAAGUAGAAACUCCACAUGGAAAAUGUUGUGUCUGACAGAGGUUAGCCACAGAUUGAUAAUGCUGAGAGAUUCUGAUCACCUCCAGCGACAGUCUCAUUUAACAUCCCUCCCUUUGGACAAAUGUUUCAGUAUAUGAAUAUUUCAUAGACAAUAGGAGCUAAGUUUACAUUCAGAAAAACGUUUAUUCAGACCUGAACUUAGCACCAGCCAGUACUGAUUUAUUAAUAUCUUGUCUGACUGCACACCUGUCGUGUUCCUCCUUUAGAAAUCAGAUUAGAAAAGCAAACACAGCCAGACACCGCACUCAUUCCUGGAGGAGAGAGGCCUUUGAGCUCAGACUGCUGUCACAUGGGGAACUCAAAAUGGAACAAAUUGAUUUCUGGAUUGAUAAGUUAUUUUAAAAGCCCCUUCAGUGCCUCUCCUGAGCCUUAAUUCAUUUCACUCAUAACACAAAGAUCUUUGUAUUCCUGACUUUUUCUUUGCUGUGGUGAUUAAAACAAACAAUCAACUAAAAUCUUCUUUCUGACAUGUUUUAUAUUCAGGACCCCGUCACUUUUUGCACACUGAUUUAUUUUUAAAUGGAUAAAAUUGCUAUUUUUGAUAAACACUCAGCGACACACCAUUCAGCUUCUGCACCAUUUUAUAUUUACUUGUAAACCUGAA